CUGUCUGUUGCUGCCUGCCCUGCUCCUGACAUGUCCUACCUCCCCCCCUCUCUAUUCCACUCUACCCUGCCUCUCUCUCUCUCCAUCACUGUUGUUCCCCAUCUCUUUCUCUGCUCUCUAUGUUCAGUGGUGCAACAUGAGGCAGUUUGUGGCUAUCUGUCUGUUUGGACUCUCAGCUCUGCUCCACGUAUCUGAGCAGGGUCCCCACCAGCGUAAUCUAUUGAGGGAGCUACUGAGGGAUUAUAACCGUAUGGAGAGACCUGUUGCCAACGACUCUCUACCACUCACUGUCCGAUUCUCCUACACUCUCUUACAAGUCAUGAAUGUGGAUGAGAAAAACCAGAUCCUCACCACUAAUGCCUGGCUUCAGAUGCAAUGGUUUGACCACUACCUUCAGUGGAACCAGUCAGAGUACCCUGGAGUAAAAACCCUUCGCUUCACUACUGACCAGGUCUGGAUACCUGAUAUACUACUGUACAACAGUGCUCAUGAUAAGUUUGAUGCCACCUUUAAGAGCUAUGUGCUGGUCAACUCCAGUGGAUUCUGUGAGUACCUCCCUCCAGGUAUUUUUAGCAGUGCGUGUGAAGUGGACGUGCGUUGGUUUCCCUUUGACGUCCAGAAAUGUGAGCUGAAGUUUGGCUCGUGGACGUUUGACGGCUGGCUGCUGGACCUCCAGAUGCAGGAGGCUGACCUGUCAGGAUACAUGUCCAAUGGAGAGUGGGAACUGCUGGGUGUACCAGGUGAUCGUCAUGAGAUAUUUUAUGAGUGCUGUACAGAGCCCUACUCUGACGUGACCUUUGUUGUGACCCUACGACGGAGAACUCUGUUCUACGCUCUCAACCUCCUCGUCCCCUGUGUUCUCAUCUCCUCCUUGACACUGUUGGUGUUUCUACUGCCAGCCCAAUCGGGGGAGAAGAUCGGUCUGGGCAUUACAAUUCUUCUCUCUCAGACUUUCUUCAUGUUGCUGGUGGCUGAGAUUAUGCCAGCUACCUCAGACUGCAUACCACUGAUAGGUCAGUAUUUUGUGAGUACCAUGGUUACCGUAGGGAUGUCAGUGGUGGCGACUGUAGUUGUACUUCAAUACCAUCACCACGACCCCAACAGUGGAGACAUGCCUCAAUGGGUUGAGUUGGUUCUACUCCAGUGGGUUCCCUGGUUUCUGAGGAUGAAGUGUCCAGAAGAUUGGGGUGAGCUCACACCCCAACACAGCCCCUCCAACCCCCAGACCAAGACCUGCUCCUCUGCCCCCACCACCACCACCACCACCACCACCCCAGCCCCCUUAACCUUCCCCCAGAGCCUCACCUCUCUGCAGGCCAGUCUAAGCCAGCUCAGCCAGCCCCUACCACACCCACCUUCCAACCCUACCCUCCAGUCCUAUCCCAACCAUAACCCAAACCUCCAGCCUAAUAUCCACCUUAACCCAAAUCGAUAUCCCCAGCCCCUUCUUAACCUACACUCCAACCUACACCCCAAUCUCCCCUCCAUCCCCCACGCUCAGCCCAAUGGACAUCUGCCAUACAUGGCCUUCCAGAGUCCUCCUGAACCUGACCCUGCUGUCACCUGGAGAGGAGGAAGAGGAGGAGGAGAAGAAAGAAGGGGUUCUGACACCCGCAUCCUCCACCACCACCCACCCUCUUCCACAAUGUUGGGUAGCCCCCUGCCACAACCCCCCACAUCUCCAGACCCUGACCCCUCAUCCUCAGGUUCCAGCUGUGUGGAGGAUGGGGCUGGGGCAAGUGGAGUGGGUACUUGCCAUGCCCAGGUCAGGGUGUUCCAGGCUGGGGAAGCGGAGGCCCAGCUCCAGGCCCUGCUGGUGGAGGUACGGUUCCUGGCCGAGGGUCUCCGUGAGCAGGACCACAGGGUGAGCGUGGCAGAGAAGUGGCAGUUUGCAGCAGUGGUCAUUGAUCGUCUGUGUCUGGUGGGGUUCAGUGUGUUCAACAUCAUUUGUACCAUUGCAAUCCUCAUGGCCGCACCCAACUUUGCAGAGGCCGCCUCCAAGGACUUCUUCUGAGAAUCAUUGCCACCACUCCCCCCAAAAAAUGCAAAAAACAUAUAUCCAUAUUUCUGCCAAGAUGCGCUUUUAAGAUCAGAUUGACAAGUUAUAACGCACAUUUAUUGCAUUUGAUGCAUUCAGAGUCUUUGGGGAUUUUAAUUUGGGGUAAAUGGAGGUUGGCAUACCCAUGCUUAAGCUUAUUUAAAGCCGCUAUGCUGCAUCAGUUGGGCUACAGGUUAUAAUUCUUUUAAAGAGACAUUU